CCCCAGACCAACAUGGCAGAGGAGACGAGGUCGUUUGACGCAGGAGCACAGUCGGUGGCGAGUGUGACAGCGUCGGCACAGCGCGUCAUGGCCAAGGCCGAGCAUGUGGCCAUUGCCGACGGCCCGCUGGCUGCGUUGGCAGACCGGCUCAAUGAGGCGUAUCCGGCAGACGCCGGCACGGCGCCGUACUACAAGACCAAGCCUGAUGGCCCGGUGCUGCCCAUGUGGGAGGCUGACGAGUACCACUUUCGCGACCUGGACGCGCCUGAGCUGACAGCGCAGUAUGUCCUCGUCCUCGAUGCCCUCAACUUUUGCUUCUGGCCGGCCGACGAGCCCGGGUGGGAGUACGAUCGCCUGGCGGGCUCCAUCAAGACCGUCGCUGUGGAGAGCGGCAUGGCCGGCCUGAGCGCCGACGCGCUGGCUGCUCUCACUGAAGCUGACCUCACCCAAUGGUUCGGCGGCUCGCCGCCGCCGCGCUGCGCCCAGCGGGUCCGCCUCCUCAACGAGGUCGGGCGGGUCCUCGCCGCCCACUUUGACGGCUCGGCCGCCAAGCUCAUCGCCUCGGCCGGCGGCUCGGCUGUCGAGCUCGUGGCCCGCAUGGUCGCCUUCUUCCCGGGCUUCCGCGACGAGACCACUUUUGACGGCGACCAGGUCUUCUUCUACAAGCGGGCACAGAUCUUUGUUGGCGACGUGUGGGGCGCGUUUGGCGGCGAGGGCCUCGGCGCCUUCCGCGACAUCGACCAGCUCACUAUGUUUGCCGACUACCGCAUCCCACAGCUCCUGCGCCACCUCGGGAUUCUGGUCUACUCGCCCGAGCUCGCUGCUCUUGUCGACUCGCUCGCGGUCCUGCCCGUCGGCUCGGUCCACGAGGUCGAGAUCCGCGCAGCCACCAUUGUCGCCGUCAACCAGCUGCGCAAGCUCCUGCACGCGAGCUGGACCACCGUUCAGCUCGAUUGGUGGCUGUGGGAGGAGGGCGAGGCUCAUCGUGAGAGCAUCGGUCCGCACCACCGCGUCCUCACUACCUUCUACUAACAUACACGCCACUGCCGC